AUGGAGUUCAAUACUUCCGGUGGCUUUCGCUCCCGCCGCUCAUACCCCAACCUCCACCACAUCUCCCUUGCUCCACUCACACCUCGAUUCCCUAUUGACGACGACAUCGAGCCAACAGACUACUUCAGUCACCGCGCUGUUGAGGAUCAAUCUGGCAGUGACACCAGAGCUCCGCCGAGAACAUCGUACCUCUCCAGCGUUUCCGUGCCCAGCACGCCACCCAUACUCUCUCACUCGCGGAGCACAUCCCGAACCCGACAUGCUCGCAGUAAAAGCUCCACCCGCGCCGGCCCCUUGAGCGACACCAAUCUACACAGCAAAAGUGUCGCCCUCCCACUGCACCACCAGCAUGCCACGCACAAGAAGCACCCUAGCUCGUCCCACACGCGGCGCCUAGGCGAAGCCACCAAUGCUAACAGCAAGUCCGAUGCAGAAUGGAUGCUCCGCGCCGGGAUAGCCCUGGCAUCAUCAACCCGCGAAGAAAAAGGCCAAAGCUGGCUUACCAAGCGUGAGAGCUCGACCAGCCUCGUCUCCGAUGCGCCCUUCGAUGACGCCUCCACGACGCUCCACCACCGCCACCACCACCGCACCAAAUCCGCCUCGUCCCACAAGUCUCGUUCCGGCGCGUCCACCCCCGGCGGGCCUUUCUCCCGCCGCAGCUCACGAUCCCGUGGCGGCAGCAGACGCGGCAGCCGCGCCGGGCUCACCAUGACUACCAUGCCGCCAUCCUCAGCGGUCGGCAAAGCGCCCAGCCCCGGGACGGGCACGGUGAGCCCCGAGGUGCGAGGCCGCGAUACCGGGUCCUUGCUGCCAGACUUCGUGGACGCGCGUAUCCGCGCGGAGAUGGAGGCGUUGCAGCUGCAGCGGAGCUUCACGGACGAGCAAUUGGAUGACUGGGAUGGGGACGGGGGCGACGACUCGGAGUGUGAGUCGUGCUCAGACGAGAUACCGGAGGAAUUCGACGAGGCGGAUCUAGCGCGGCUCACGCGGGAGCGUGGGUUUGGAUUAGGGAGCUGGAUUGAUCGGUUGGUAGAGUGGACGCUGUUUGGCGUGGACGAGUGGCCUGUAGCUGCACCGGCGAGUAUGUCUGCAACGCGGAUCGGCGCUGCUGCUACGACCACGACUGUGACGUUUGAGGAUGGGAUGCAUGCGGGUCCCGAGGAACAGGCAUAUGACACUUUGUCGAUGGGCUCUGUGGAUGUGGAGGACGAUGUGCUUUCUCACACUGAUAGGGAAUCGAUAGUCGUUGUGGAGAAGCCCGGGGUGCAGGGCGGCUGGGAAGAUGUGGGUUGGCUGCUCCGAGUGAUGAAGCGUACCUUGAUUUGA